CAGUUGAAGCGUCCAACAGUCAGCUGAAGACCAGGAUGCAGCGCUUCAGGGAAGGCAUUCACAUCCGCACCAUGAAGGCCAAGAGGAAAGUGGAGGAGAUCUCCAAGGAGGACGUCCAGGCCUUCCUGAAGAAGAACGCCUUUGUGCUCUUCACCGUGGGAGCGGUGAUCGUGGGUAUCGUGUUGGGAUUCGCACUGCGCCCCUAUAAGAUGACCUACCGAGAAGUCAAGUACUUCUCCUUUCCGGGAGAGCUGCUGAUGAGGAUGCUCCAGAUGCUGGUCCUGCCGCUGCUCGUCUCCAGUCUCAUCACAGGAAUGGCAGCUCUGGACAGCAAAGCCUCGGGGAAGAUGGGCAUGAGAGCCGUCAUUUACUACAUGACCACGACCUUCAUUGCAGUCUUCAUCGGAAUCAUCAUUGUGCUCAUCAUCCACCCUGGAAAAGGAUCUAAAGAUGAGUUUGGAAAGCAGCAGACCAUCGAGCAAGUCAGUCCUGCUGAUGCCUUCUUAGACCUGAUCAGAAACAUGUUCCCACCGAACCUGGUCCAGGCCUGCACUCAGCAGUUCAAAACUAAAUAUGGAAAGCGAGCGGUCCAUGUGACAGUGACAGUGAACGAGACCCUCUUCAACUCCACCAAUGGGACCCAAGAGGUGGUGGAGAUCACCCGGGAGGAAGUGAUCCCAGUGCCGGGUCAGGUGAACGGGGUCAACGCCCUGGGGCUGGUGGUCUUCUCCAUGUGCUUUGGUUUGAUAAUUGGCAAUAUGAAGGAGCAGGGCCAGCUCCUCAGGGACUUCUUCGACAGCCUCAACGAAGCCAUCAUGCGCCUUGUUGCCAUCAUCAUGUGGUACGCUCCCAUCGGCAUCCUGUUCCUCAUAGCUGGAAAGAUUGUGGAGAUGGAUGACCUGACUCAGAUGGGUGGUCAGCUGGGCAUGUACACCAUCACAGUCAUCAUCGGUCUGCUGAUCCACGCCGUUUUCAUCCUGCCCACCCUUUAUUUUGUCAUUACUCGUCAGAACCCCUUCAUCUUCAUCGCCGGUCUCCUGCAGGCUCUGGUCACGGCCCUGGGAACCUCCUCCAGCUCUGCCACACUUCCUGUCACCUUUAAAUGUCUGGAGGAGAACAACAAGAUCGACAAGCGGAUCACUCGUUUCGUGUUGCCUGUGGGCGCCACCAUCAACAUGGAUGGGACCGCUCUGUACGAGGCGCUGGCGGCCAUAUUCAUAGCCCAGGUCAACAACAUGGAGAUGAACUUUGGUCAGAUCAUCACCAUCAGCAUCACGGCAACAGCCGCCAGCAUCGGCGCGGCGGGCAUCCCUCAGGCGGGCCUGGUCACCAUGGUGAUCGUACUGACCUCCGUCGGUCUCCCCACGGACGACAUCACGCUCAUCAUCGCGGUCGAUUGGUUCCUCGAUCGCCUGCGAACCACCACCAAUGUGUUGGGGGAUUCUAUCGGCGCUGGAAUCGUGGAGUUUCUGUCCCGACACGAGCUGCGCAGCAGAGACGUGGAGAUGGGGAACUCGGUGCUGGAGGAGAAGGAGCGGAAGAAACCUUACAAGCUCAUAUCACAGGAUAGCGAUUUCGAAAACGACAAACGAGCCCACAGUGAAUCCAACAUGUAGCUCCACUAACAUCUG